UCUAAUUGACCUUCCUGAUCAUCGUUGUCUGCCAAGUCAGGUCGCACGAUGCUGCUCUUGUAACACUCCACAUUUUGCAUAUUCCCAAUGUUACUACUUGCAAUGGCAUUGUAGUAAAUGUUAACUGAAUGACAAUGCACAUUUUUCACACUCCAAUUCCAAUCGUAAAAUGCCAUUGCCAUCCCCUACUCACCUCAAUCCCACAGCACUAUGCAGAGAAGGGCAGUUGAAGGAGGCGCUGCACAUUCUGCUUACUAGACACAACCCACCUGAAGACUACCCUACAUAUCUUCAAUUACUGCAGAACUGUAUUCUGAAGAACGCGCUCUCACAAGGAAAAAAUGUACACUCUUUCAUCGCUCACAGACAAUUUGCAUUCGCUACACGCACAACUUUUCGUAAUAAGCUUAUUUAUAUGUAUGUUAAGUGCGGAAGUUUGGUGGAUGCCCGUAAAGUGUUUGACCACAUGAAAGAACGAGAUAUCGUCUCAUGGAAUACGAUAAUUGCAGCAUACAGAAGACAUGGGUGUCCUGAUGAGGCAGUCACACUGUUUCACUAUAUGCAACAAAUAGGUUUCCAACCCGAUCAGUAUACAUUUACCAGCGUACUCCCAGCCUGUGCUAAAAUGGGUGCUUUGAAAGAGGGUAUAGACAUCCAUCAAAGCAUAAAAGAUAGAGGAAUUCUAUCAGAUGUUGUAGUGGCAACUGCCCUUGUAGACAUGUAUGCAAAAUGUGGAAGCAUAGACAAGGCGCGUGAAUUGUUUGAUAGAAUGCCACAAAGAAAUGUGUUCUCAUGGACUGCAAUGAUUGCAGGAUAUGCGCAAAAUGGAUUUGCUGAAAAGGCUUUAGAAACCCUCAAGCAAAUGCAAUUGGCAGGUGUAAAGCCAAAUUCCACAACCUUAGCCACCAUCCUCCCUGCCUGUGCCAAAUUGGGAGCUUUGGAGCAGGGUAUGGACAUCCAUCAAAGUAUUAACGAUAGAGAAAUUUUGUCAGAUGUUGUAGUUGCAACUGCCCUGGUAGAUAUGUAUGCAAAAUGUGGACGCAUAGACAAGGCACGUGAACUCUUUAACAAAAUACCUCAAAAAAAUGUGGUCUCAUGGAAUGCCAUGAUUGCAGGAUAUGCACAAAACGGAUCUCCUGACAAGGCUUUAGAAACUUUCAAGCAAAUGAAAUUGGCAGGUGUAAAGCCAGACACUGCAACCUUUGCUAGCAUCCUGCCUGCCUGUGCCAAAACGGGAGCUUUGGAACAGGGUAUGGUUAUCCAUCAAAGCAUAAAGGAUAGAAGAAUUUUGUCAGAUAUUGUAGUUGCGACUGCCUUGGUAGACAUGUAUGCAAAAUGUGGAAGCAUAGAUAAGGCACGUGAACUGUUUGACAGAAUACCUCAAAGAGAUGAAUUCUCAUGGACUUCAAUGAUUGCCGGCUAUGUUCAAAAUGGAUUUGUUGAAAAGGCUUUAGAGACUUUCGAGCAAAUGCAACUGGCAGGAAUAAAGCCAAAUUCUGCAACCUUUGCCAGCAUCCUUCCGGCCUGUGCUAAAAUGGGAGAUUUGGAAAAGGGUAUGGACAUCCAUCAAAGGAUAAAGGACACAGGAAUUUUGACAGAUGUUGUAGUUCUAACUGCCAUGGUAGACAUGUAUGCGAAAUGUGGAAGCAUAGAGAAGGCACGAGAGCUGUUUGACAGAAUGCCUCAAAGAAAUGUGGUCUCAUGGACUGCAAUGAUUGGAGGAUAUGCACAAAAUGGAUUUGUUGAAAAGGCUUUAGAAACUUUCAAACAAAUGCAAUUGGAAGGUGUAAAGCCAAACUCCACAACCUUUGCCAGCAUCCUCCCUGCUUGUGCCAAAAUGGGAGCUUUAGAACAAGGUAUGGACAUCCAUCAAGGCAUAAUGGAAGGGGGUUUUCUAUCAGAUAUCAUUGUUGGAAAUGCUUUGGUAGACAUGUAUGCAAAAUGUGGAAGCAUAGAGAAGGCACGUGAACUGUUUGACAGAAUGCCUCAAAGGGAUGUCAUCUCAUGGAAUGCGAUGAUAGCAGGAUAUGCACAAAAUGGAUUUUCCAAGGAUGCUCUCAAAAUCUUUGAAUUAAUGAAGCACUCUGCAACUUAUCCUGAUGUUGUAAGCUUUGCUUGUGUUCUAUAUGCAUGCAGCCAUGCAGGUUUAGUGGCUGAGGGCUGUACAUACUUUAAUCACAUGAAUAACUCUUAUUGCAUCAUGCCUACAGUUGAUCAUUAUGUGUGCAUGGUUGACCUUCUUGGUCGUUCUGGCUAUCUUGAGGACACCCUCAAUUUCAUCAUUAAGAUGCCAGUCAAGCCUGUGGUGGUUGUGUGGAUGUGUUUUCUUAGUGCCUGUAGAUCACAUGUGAAUAUAGGCUUAGGGGUAUUUACAGCAACGCUGCUUUUUGAUAUGGAUCUUAAAAAUGCUGUGACUUAUGUUCUUCUCUCAAACAUAUAUGCAGAAGUGGGUAGGUGGGAUGAGGGUCAAAUGGUAAGGAGAUUGAUGAGAGACAGAGGAAUUAAUAAGAUCCCUGGAUGUAGUUGGAUUGAAGUCCAUAAAAUGGUACAUGCUUUUUAUGCAGGAGAUAGAUCACAUCCACAGACACAAGAGAUCUAUGCAAAGUUGGAGAAAUUAGCUUGGGAGAUGAAGGCAGCCGGAUAUUUUUCAGGUUCAAGACAUUUACUUAAUGAUGUGGAAGAGGAGGAAAAAGAAUUAUUUCUCUGUCACCACAGUGAAAAGUUGGCAAUUGCAUUUGGUUUGUUAUACACACCUACUGGAACAACUAUUCGAGUUGUUAAGAACCUUCGAGUGUGUGCUAAUUGCCACACUGCAACAAAAUUUAUUUCCAAGAUUGUUGCAAGGGAAAUUAUUGUGAGAGAUGCAAACCGUUUCCAUCAUUUUAAACAAGGACAAUGUUCUUGUGGAGAUUAUUGGUGAUGUUAAAUGAAGCAAUCUGAAAAAUAGGAUUCCACUAUAAUAAUAUGUAUCAUGGCAGACUUGCAGAAAUGAUGAAGGGACAAGGUUUUCUUUCAGUUUCUAGAAGGUUUUUGGGUUUUCUUUUGUUUGGAGUAUUUGGCAAUCGAGGCCACGCUGUCAUCUUCAUAAAAUAGAUGCGUAGUACAAUGCAGACCACUGUUUAUAUACACCGGGGAUAUGUAAUGAAGAUAUGUUUCAUGAUAACAUGGACAUUUCAUUGAAUUAUUUUCAUGAAGCCUGCAUAUGUAUGGAAUGAAAAUCUGGAGGAGGCAGGGAAUGGGUAAAAAAACACAAGGUUAGGCAUACUUAAAGUAAAUGGAGAGAUGCUUGACCAGCAGGAAAUAGGAGAGGAGGGCUUACAAUUACCCUUGCCAUUUUGUAUGGCUAUUUUGUGUGGAUUAAUUUUAUUAUCUUUUGCCUAUGUUAGAUCGACCAUUUAAGAUUAAAUUGUACAUUCCAAAUUACUAUAUAAAUUGGCUGAAGGCCAUUUUUAUGUGACCUUUUUUAAUAACUGCCAAAUUCAUGUCACCCUUUAUGUUGUCCAAAAAUCAAGUUAUUUUUGGGUCAUUUAAUAAAUAAUUAGGUAGUUCCAAAAAAUAUGUGACCAAGAAACCCUAACAUUUAUAUACUUAAUGUUGUUGGAAGGGGUUAGGCUUUUAGAAUGGCAGAAACUUCAUUGAGCAGGUCAGACAUCUCAUUCAGAAGGUAUCCGUGGUUGUCCUAUU